CGCACACACAUGAAACUCACGCGUGCAACACUAAAAUGUAUGACUGCGCUACUUAGAAACAUAACAUUAAACGCAUUUGUCGAGCAAACGGACAAGCCUUCAGAAACCUUCCUCAACGUUAGAGCUAGAGGAAGCAGAUUCUUCGGAGAAUUUGAUAAAGUUUGUACAUAUAUGGUUCGUUUCUGAAAUUGAGUUAAAUGGAGCAAGGUUUGGGUUCCGAGUCAAAUGCUCCCCCUGGGUCAAUUGAUAAGUCUAGGGUGUUGGAUGUGAGGCCAUUGAGAUGUCUUGUCCCUGUUUUCCCCAAUCCACCUGGCGUGUCUUCAGUUUCAACCCCCCAUCCCGCUCCAUUUACGUGUGUUCCGCCCUCUGGUCCUUUUCCACCUGGGGUCCAACCAUUUUACCCUUUUGUGGCCUCAAAUGACGCUCAGCAAACUACACCUGGUGGUCGAAAUCAUAAUGGUAAUUUUGGGUUUGGUAGCAGCAUACCAGCUCCCAUUCCUCUGAAUUCAUUCAGGACUCCAACAACUCAGGCAAAUGGAGGCACUAGGGGGCGUCCCAAGGGCUCCAAGAAUCGUGCAUCUAGAUCUGUCGGUAUUGAGGAUGAUGGAUAUAGUGAGUCGCAGAAUCAAAGUGACCAGUAUGGGAGUGGGUUCAAUGCCCAUCCCAGUGAUGCAGCGAGUAAUUCAGGGAAGCGAAGGGGUCGGCCAAGGAAAAGAGGAGCAGAGAAUGGUGAAGAGUUUGAUGUCGAAUCACUGGUGAAUAGCUUCUUGACGUCAUUUAGGCUUAAGGAAUUUGACGAGUCCAGAAGAUCUAAUGGUGACAAGGAUGUUACUGGAACCAUACUGUUGGUCUUUGACUUAAUUCGGCGACGCCUUACCCAACUUGAAGAAGCAAAGGAUAUGGCUCCAGGGCUUUCUAGACGUCCGGAUCUUAAAGCUGGUACACUUCUGAUGACCAAGGGAGUCCGGACAAAUAGCAUCAAGAGGAUUGGACAUGUACCUGGGGUUGAAGUUGGUGAUAUUUUCUUCUUUAGAAUGGAGCUGUGCAUUGUGGGGUUACAUUCUCCAAGUAUGGCUGGAAUAGAUUAUAUGAGUGUCAAAAUUACCAUGGAUGAAGAACCUAUCGCUGUCAGCAUAGUUUCAUCUGGAGGAUAUGAUGAUGAUGGGGAUGAUGGUGAUGUGUUGAUUUACUCUGGUCAGGGUGGAGUUCAGAGGAAAGAUGGACAAAUGUUUGAUCAGAAGCUAGAAAGGGGAAAUCUUGCUCUGGAAAAGAGUUUGCACCGGGCCAACGAUGUAAGAGUCAUAAGGGGUCUAAAGGAUGUUGCUGGUUCAAAUGGUAAGAUCUAUGUUUAUGACGGUUUGUACAAAAUUCAGGAGUCAUGGGUAGAAAAAAAUAAAUCCGGAUGCAAUGUUUUUAAGUAUAAGCUGGUUAGGGUACCUGGGCAGCCGGAAGCUUUUUUAUUAUGGAAAUCAAUUCAGCAGUGGAAGGACGGAACUGCUGCACGGGCUGGUAUUAUCCUUCCUGAUCUAACUUCAGGUGCUGAGAGUCAGCCUGUAGCUCUUGUGAAUGAUGUUGAUGGUGAAAAGGGACCUGCUUACUUUACAUAUACUCCUAGUCUUAAAUACACCAAACCUUUUUCGACAUCUAAACCCACUUCAGGCUGUCAUUGCAUGGGUGGAUGCCAACCGGGUGAUACCCAUUGCCCUUGCAAUCAGAAAAACGAUGGCCUUCUCCCCUAUUCGUCACUUGGGGUUCUUUUGACUAACAAAUCCUUGAUACAUGAGUGUGGACAGACCUGUGCCUGUCCUCCAAACUGCAGGAAUCGAAUGUCACAAGCAGGUGUUAAGGUCCGUCUGGAGGUUUUCAAGACAAAGAACAAAGGUUGGGGACUUAGGUCUUGGGAUCCCAUCCGCGCUGGAGGUUUUAUUUGUGAAUAUGCAGGGGAUGUAAUCCAGGCAUUUAAUGCAGGUGAUAUAGGGAGUGGAAAUGAUGAUAAUUAUAUCUUUGACGCUGCCCGUUACUACGAGCCAUUGGAAGCUGUCCGUGAUGAUUCUAAUGGUUAUGGAAAAGCCCCUUACCCGCUUGUUAUAAGCGCAAAAAACAACGGAAAUGUAGCCCGUUUCAUGAACCACAGUUGUUCACCAAAUGUGUUCUGGCAGCCAGUUUUACGUGAAAAUAACAAUGACUCAUAUCUCCAUAUUGCUUUCUUUGCCAUCCAGCACAUUCCUCCCAUGCAAGAGCUAACAUAUGAUUAUGGGAUGGUUCCACCUGAGAAACGAGACAAGGGAAAGAAAAGGUGCUUGUGUGAAUCUGCAAAAUGCAGAGGAUACUUCUACUAACGGCGCCAAGUACGGUGACAGAUAGAUUUUGGUGCUUAUUCCCUUGGCGAAAAGUUCAUCAAAGCUGAUUGUAAGAAGAGGCUCAACUCAAUCUGCAGUAUCAGAAGUUCGAGGUGUGCAAAAGAAUCAGAAUGUUCGGUGAAGAUAGCAAUAGCGUGUGGACUCCUCAUUAGUUUUUUAUAAUUUGUGUAGUUCGUAAUGUAUGAUAAUGUAUGUAAGAACUGUAGCUUGUAACUUGGUGUGUCAAAGCUCUUUAGUUUCACCAGCUGUUUUACAGUUUUGGACUCCGAAACACCCACCUGUGAAAUUAAAGUGUAAAGGGAAUUUUGUGGUUUAUUGGUUGAAAUCCUAAGGUGGAAUGCGUUCUUCUAGACCA